AAAGUUUGAGAGCUACCAAUCAUAAUCGGUAACGAUGGCGGGACGUUAAGAUCGUCUGCUUUCAUUUUAUUCGACCAGAAAUUAUAGUUUUAUAUGGAGUUAAAGAAAUUAGGAUAAUAUAUAUAUAAUCAUUCAAUCGAAUUUUAUAACUUUUGAGCCGUCUUAUCUGUGAAUUUACGAGAGGAAGAACUUAAGAAUAUUUAGGCCUAACAGAAUCCAAGAUGGCGGAUAGCGAGAGUGAAUCUUUAGAGAUUCCUUCCCCUUUAACUCGUGAACAAUAUCAAAAUAGGAUCGAAUCCCUUCAACAGCAGAUUCGUGUGAUGAAAAUUGAACUAGAGACUUGCAAGAUGAGAGUUAAAACUCUACAGGAAGAGAAUAAAGAGUUAAAAAGAGCAAGUGUUAGUAUUCAAGCUAAGGCAGAACAAGAAGAAGAAUAUAUAAGCAAUACACUUUUAAAGCAAAUUCAAGCAUUGAAGAAAGAAAAAGAAAUUUUAGCAUUGAAUUAUGAACAAGAAGAGGAAUGUUUGACUAAUGAUUUAUCCAGAAAAUUAAAUCAAUUACGUCAAGAGAAAGUUCAACUUGAGGAGACACUAGAAAAGGAACAAGAAGCACUUGUUAAUAAACUAAUGAGGAAAAUUGAAAGACUUGAAGCAGAAACUUUGACUAAACAGGAUACUUUGGAACAGUUAAGAAGAGAAAAAAUAGAAUUGGAGAAUACAUUGGAACAAGAACAGGAAGCAUUGGUUAAUAGGUUGUGGAAACGUAUGGAUAAAUUAGAAGCUGAAAAAAGAAUGCUUCAAGAGAAAUUAGAUCAACCUCCUUCUACACCUCCCUCCCCAAGCAAUGUGAACAAUGGAGAUACAGCUGCCAAUCUUGCUUUGCAUAUUAAGCAUCUUCGUAAUGAGGUUUCUAAAUUAAAGAUGCAGUUAAUUAAUACUCAUCAAGAACAUUCUGAAAAGAUGGCUCGUUAUGCUAUUGAAGAAAAAAAUAUACGUGAAGAAAAUGUUAGGCUACAACGCAGACUUCAGAUGGAGACUGAAAGGCGUGAAGCAUUAUGUCGCCAUCUCUCUGAAAGUGAAUCUAGUCUUGAAAUGGAUGAAGAAAGACAUUUCAAUGAGAUGUCUUCUCAAGGUCAAGUGAUACCACGUUCCAGAACUAUGUCUAGUCCUAUUCCAUAUAAUCCAUCAACUACUGGUUCAAGGCCUUUGAGUCCAGGAUUCGCCCAUAACAGCUAUAGAGAAACUUUCAGUCCAUCCAGUCCAAUAAGUCGCUGUUCAUAUUGUAACCAACCUCUUCCAAUAUCUGGCUCAUUGCCAAAUGAUUCACCACCUUCCAACCAAAGCAUUUCCUUCACAGGCCUAUUAGGAACUUAUAAAGGAAAACCUCAGGUCACAGAAAGAUUUAUCAAGCCAAAUGCACCACCUCCUAAACCACCACCUUCUCCUUUAUCCCCUUCACCACCUUCUGGUAUGGAUUGUUAGGACAAAAAUGCCCAUAAAAUGAAGAGCUUGCUAAUUGCACAAUUAUAUCGAAUGGCAUUUUCUAACUCUUCUAAAAAUAGGUACCUCAUAGCUAGCUCGGUUAUCUAUUUCAUUCAAAAUUGAUAUAAAAUUAAAAUCUGAGGCCCAAUGAAAACACAAGUACGAAUAAAGCACUGCAAGUACUUAAAAAAAUGUGCUACUGUACUUUUAUACAGAUUUUCUUUUUCUGCCCAAGUAUUCAAUAUUUCAAUGUGUAAAAUUAUCUGUAAAUAUGUAGCAUUUUAAAUGAUACAUCUAAAUCAAAAAAGUAAAGAAUUGGAUAAUAAAUAAUCAGUAAAGAAGGAAUGUUGUUAUCUUAAAAAGUUUUAUGAUAAUUCUGAGAGUUUUCCAUAAGUUUCAAGUUUACCAAAAAUUUAUUUAUAAAUAGGAGUACAAAAAAAAACAGCAAAAAAGGGGUAUAACUUAGAACUUUUAUUAAAAAAAA